UCUGGUCAGCCCAUUGUUCUUCUAGAAACUUCCAAGCUCGUUCCGACCCACCGUUCAACUACAGCCACAUCCCGAACCAAUCCCACAAGCGGCGGCGGCGACGACGACGACGAACGACGGCGGCGGCGAGAAACAAACAAGUGGAAAAAGAAGAAGCAUUACGAUCAAAGAGGAGGAACUCUCGCGAUAAUCACCCCGCUUACCUCCAUCGGAGCAAGCAGCGAAAGCCGAGAAUAGAAGCGAAGAACAAGAAGAUGGGCGUGGACUAUUACAAGGUCCUGGGCGUCGAUAGGAGCGCCAAGGACGACGAUCUCAAGAAGUCCUACCGUAAACUCGCCAUGAAGUGGCACCCGGACAAGAACCCCAACAAUAAGAAGGAAGCCGAGGCAAAGUUCAAGCAGAUCUCCGAAGCGUACGAGGUCCUGAGCGAUCAGCAGAAGCGCGCCGUCUACGACCAGUACGGCGAGGAGGGCCUCAAGGGGCAGGUCCCUCCGCCCGGCGCCGGUGGGUUUGGUGGUGCCGAAGGUGGGCCGAGCUCGUUCCGGUUCAACCCUAGGAGUGCCGAUGACAUAUUUGCCGAGUUCUUCGGUUUCUCCAGCCCGUUCGGAGGGAUGGGUGGCGGGACCAGGAGCGGAUCGAGGUUCCCAGGCGGAAUUGGCGGGAUGUUCAGGGACGACUUAUUUGGGUCGUCAUUUAGCGGCGGGGAGGGCGGCGCGUCAAUGUACCCUCAGCAACCAAGGAAGCAAGCGCCCAUUGAGAACCGGUUGCCCUGCAGCCUGGAGGACUUGUAUAAGGGCACAACCAAAAAGAUGAAGAUUUCUAGGGAGAUUGUUGAUGCCAACGGGAAGAGCACGAGCGUUGAAGAAAUUUUAACAAUUGAUAUAAAGCCAGGUUGGAAAAAGGGUACCAAAAUUACAUUCCCAGAAAAGGGAAAUGAAGUUCCCAACAUUAUUGCUGCAGACAUAGUCUUCAUCAUAGAUGAAAAGCCACAUGAUGUAUUCACGAGGGAAGGAAAUGAUUUGGUAACUAGUCAGAAAAUCUCUUUGGUUGAGGCCCUCACUGGUUAUACUGCCCGCUUGACUACACUCGACGGUCGCAGCCUUACAAUACCUAUUAAUUCGUCGGUCAUUCAUCCUGGAUACGUAGAGGUAGUCCCGAGAGAGGGAAUGCCAAUGCCAAAAGAUCCCUCUAGGAAAGGAAAUAUCCGUAUCAAGUUCGACAUAAGGUUUCCGACAAGGUUGACCACUGAGCAGAAAGCUGGGAUAAAACGCCUGUUGGCCCCGUGAUUGGGUUGCCAUUUGGUUCAAGUAGAAUCCAGUUGUUUUUUAGAGCAAGUCCAAAUAUUAAUAUUUCAUACGCGCGGGUUAUUGUCUAACUCAUCUAAACCAACACAUUCUUAUGAGCUUUCGUAGUUGUUUGAAAUUAUUCUAUUUGGCUGCAAAUUUGAUAUGGAUUCAUCAACAUUCUUCACCUUGCAGGCGAAAGGCAAAACCAGCACAUUUUAUCAUAUCCAUUAAUAUGAUUGUUGUAAUUAAGGUGGUUCAA